AUGGCUAGUGAAGGGAUAGAGUGGAGAUUCAACCAUCCCUCAGCGCCCAACUUUGGCGGUUUGGGGGAGAGUGCGGUGAAAUCGACAAAGCAUCACUUAACAAGAGUACUAAAGGAUGGCAGGCUUACUUUAGAGGAGUUAAAUACACUGCUUUGCCAAAUUGAAGCUUGUAUUAAUUCGAGACCAAUGACACCAUUGAGAAGCGAUCCUUCAGAGCCUGGUGCCCUUACUUCUGCUCAUUUCUUAAUUGGUAGAUCUUUGUUGUUAGCACCUGAGCCUAGCCUAGCAGACGAGAGAAUAGAACAUCUACGUCGAUGGAAGUAUGUUCAAGCAUUAAUGCAAGGGUUCUGGACAAGAUGGCACAAGGAAUAUUUGCCACAGCUCCAAGUACGUGGUAAGUGGACAAGUAAUAAGCUUCCACAGAGCAUCGCCGAUAUAGUCAUCAUCAAAGACGAAUGCACGCCACCAGCUAAAUGGCGAUUAGGGAGAGUGAUGAAAACGCACCCUGGGAAGGAUGGCGUUGUAAGGAUCGUCACAUUGCGGGUUGGAUCCGGUUCAGAGAUAAAGCGACCUGUAGUCAAGCUAUGCGCACUGCCUAUCGAGGUUUCAUCGGAAAGAAGUUGA